CCGGAAAUAACCCCUGCAACUACAAUGUGUAUAAAUGUAUUCGACCGUCUGAAAUUUGAACCAGAAAGAAGUCACUAUCAGGAACAGAUAUAGUCGCAAAAUAACAAGUUUUUCAUUGGGUUUGAUAAACACAAAACUGAAAGAUUCUGUCCUACACAAGUUGACUGACACAGACGACGGUAACUAACAAACAGUUCUUUAGGAUGCCUCCAACAUUGCGACCACGCAAAGGUCAAAACAAGACCGAAAAGACUAAACCGAAGGCAGAAAAACAAGUAAGAAAUUCUCGCAAAAAUAAAAGGAAGAAUGACGCCAAAGAUAUAGUGGACGGUCCGCCAGAUUUUGACUCUACUGGAAAACGAUUCAGAUUAUCAGAUAACGUAGAUGGUGGUCCUGUGAGAUUUUAUCCUAUGGCAAGAAGAGGGCCUGUUUUUAUCAUAAACAACUAUGCUGGCAAUGAAGAUUAUUUUGCUUAUCGGCGAGGAAGUGGUACAGACGUUGGAAAACUUACAGACUGUUUUGGAAGGCUUGGUUUCUCUUAUAUUCAGUGUUUCAAUAACCUUUCAUGUGAUGAGAUGAAGCAGUACAUCAGUGAUUUAGCAAGCAAAAACUGGCGCAUAUGCAUCGACGGGGGUGUCGACUGUAUCGUUAUAGUGAUAUUAUCCCAUGGUUAUAGUUCUGAUGAUGUGCGCGAUGGAAUUAUGGGCGCUAAAGGACAAUCUGUGACUGUUGAUGAAUUACUGUCACCAUUUAGAAAAUUUAAUUCUUCACUGGUCGGGAAGCCAAAAAUAUUCAUGAUUCAAAAAUGCCGAGGGAAGGAAGUUAGUAUGGGAAUCCGAGAGCCGAAUGCUUUGGCAGCUGAACCAAGCGUAAAUGCAUCAGCAUCGUCGCUUCCAUCUGUCCCGUCGGAAGGAUUGCCAUCACAUCCGAAUGUAGAAAGCUCGGGUUAUCUUCCGCUCCAAGCCGAUCACUUGAUAGCAUUCUCAACUUCCCCUGGUUACGUGGCUUACAGAGAUACCGAAUGUGGUUCGUGGUAUAUUGAUGAAUUAACUAGGGCCCUUUGUGAGGAAUACGGGAGUGAAGGAAGAAGAAAUCGAAAUCCUAGACAUUUGGUCGACGUCAUCACGCACGUGCAAGGAAUGGUUUCAAACAGGAUCCAAGGGAAAUUCAAAGUUCAGAUGCCAGAAUUCAGAAGCACUCUACGUGGCCCUAUAUAUUUUUGAAAUUCUAGUGAAAAUUAUGAAGACACUUCAGGAUGAUUCUACGUAUUUUAUACCAUCGCAUGAGUAUAUAAUAAUAUUUGUGUUUACAUGUGGCUGAUUGUUGUUGCUAUUAUUUUUUUACUUUUUCGUUAAUAAUUAUUUAACGACGACGAGUCAUCUUUGAGCAGACUCAAAAAGACAAAACUGUGUUAAGUAGGGGCGUGGCGACGGUAGGGCCGUAAGAGGAUGUGACACCCUACAGUAAUUCACCACGUUAGAAUUUACGAAAAUGCUCUAUUAUCGGUCUAAAAUAGGAGAAUGAAAAUUCGUCAGUAAAAGUAAAUUCGCCACAGUUCCAAAAAACUAAAUUAUUGCCACGAAUAUUUAGUGGGUUAGUCAUGCUGAUUGAUCAUGCGCAGAUUUGGCUGAUUCCAGGGAUCUAAAUCUAGGCCUAUGAUUUGAAAAUUGGCCACCAACCAUUGGGAAAGCCUUUAUCACUUGCUCAAAGUUGCAUUACUGUCGCAUUCUAUGAGUCAUUUAGGCGAAAAAGUUUGGCAUUGAUUUUUUAUCAACAUAAUUACAUCCCUUGAUCUUUGGCCUGUCUCGUUCACCACGCCUUUGGAGUUGACUCGUAGAUUUUUUAAAACUAUUUUAAAAGAACUAAAGCGAAACAAUUUAGGAUAUAAAUAAU